GUGAGAACAUGCUGUACCUGAAUGUAUGCCAGUUUGGUUUUGUUGUGUUCACCUGAUUACCCAACAGCUAUGACAAAAGUAUGAUAAUAUUGGAUUUUUGUUUCCUCAGUUAACAGUUCCGAACAAGGUGUUUGAAACCAACAUGAAUAAUCAAUGCUAAAGAAAGCCAGCAUUUAUGGGAAUGGACAUUUGACUCAAAACCUUAUGGCAUAAAGCCCUUGUGAGAACUUACCCAUGGUCCCCUUUUUAAUGCUUGAGCAUGUCCUUAAAAAGUGCUAUCGAUAAUUUAGAUUUGGUCAUAAUUUUAUUAUGAUGUAAUCUAAUCUAAUAUAAAGUAUUACUAUUAAACAAAAAGGACAACUGGGGUUAUUUGGAUUCUUUAGAAGUCAAUGCUGUAAAAAAUAAUGGCAUAGCCUCCGACACUGGACUGCAGUCAACAGAUUUAAGCCAAUAGAUGUCUAUUGACAGCACUUGCCAUGAAAGUGCAAACAGAGUCAGAUCCAAAGAGACAAGAAAAGGCUAGUUAAUAAAUCACUGAUGUGCGUAUGGGUGAGUACAGUGAUUCAGAGGGCUGAGUUCUGGUCCACAGCUACAGUACUUACUCUGCAGUAAAGGAAGAUUUCCCUGGACAAAGUUCCUUUUAGCAUAAAAAGAGACAUACACAAAGAUGACAACUGAAAACAACACAGUCAGUUUCCCAGAGCUUAUCAAACUGAAACGGGAUGGUGGUGAACUCAGUCCAGCAGAUAUACAUGCCUUUGUGCAAGGGGUCAAAUCAGUGGCCAUCCAGGAGAGUCAAAUAGGUGCUAUGCUAAUGGCCAUAUGGCAGAAGGGUAUGUCGAAUGAGGAGACUCUGGCAUUGACAAAAGAGAUGAUGAACUCUGGGGAGGUGUUUGUCUGGCCAGAGAAUUGGCUUGUUGUGGACAAACACUCAACUGGUGGGGUCGGAGACAAAGUCAGUCUCCCACUUGCUCCUGCUUUGGCUGCAUGUGGCUGUAAGGUACCCAUGAUAAGUGGGAGAGGAUUAGCACAUACAGGUGGCACAUUGGAUAAGCUGGAGUCGAUCCCAGGAUUUAAAGUCAACCAGUCUGUUGAACAGGUGAAGCAAAUCCUACAGGAUGUAGGCUGCUGCAUUGUGGGUCAGACAGAGACUCUAGUGCCAGCAGACCGUGUUCUGUAUGCCCUCAGAGACGCCACUUCAACUGUUGAUAGUCUUCCUCUCAUCACAGGCUCUAUCAUUUCUAAGAAAGGAGCCGAAGGCCUCAAUGCUCUUGUGUUAGAUGUGAAAUUUGGCAGGGCUGCUUUAUAUAAAGAUCUGGACAGUGCUCGCCAUCUCGCCCAGUCACUCAUUACUGCAGGCAACAGCCUGGGUGUGAAGACAGGCGCGGUGCUUAGCCGGAUGGAUGCUCCCAUUGGCCGAUGUGUGGGAAAUGCAGUGGAGGUGUAUGAAGCUCUUGAAUGUCUUAAAGGACGGGGGCCAGAUGAUCUAACAGAAUUAGUCACUGCUUUAGGUGGAUACCUAUUGUGGAUAAGUGGCCGCUCCCCCUCCCUAGAGAUUGGAAAAAAUGAGAUUGCACUAAAACUGAAGAAUGGGGACGCUUUAAAAAAGUUCCAGGCUAUGUUGGUGGCCCAGGGUGUGCAUGAAGAUGUUGCAUGUUCCCUGUGCUCAGACGGCAAUAAUCAUUUUCAGCACAUGAAAAAGGCAGCACAUCACACAGAGCUUAAGGUGCAACAUGAUGGUACAGUUUUGGAGAUUGAUGGUUUGGCCCUGGCCCAAGUGCUGCACAAGUUAGGGGCAGGACGGACUAAAUCGGGAGAGAAAAUCGAUCACAGUGUGGGAGCAGAGCUGUUGGUAGACAUGGGACAACAGGUAAUGAAAGAUCAAUCCUGGAUCAGGAUUCAUCACAAUAGCUCAGAGCUGAGUACACAUCAUCAUUCUGUGCUGCAGAAAGCUUUGGUCAUUGGUAGCAGCAACAGUUACAAGACAGAGUCACGUGUGGCAGAAUUCAUACCUCCCAAAUAAUCCCAACAGCACCAUAACACAGCCUCAGGAUGACUCCUACUGUUUGCAGACUACCAAAAGAUUUCAGAAUGCUUGUGUUUGAAUUUUACCAGUAUACAGUGACAGUGUAUCUACAAGCAGCUGAAUUGCUGUGAUACAGGGUGGACAAAUUAGCUAAAGAUCAUCUUUGAACUUUGAGCUCUGAGUAUGUGUCUGGAAAAUAUUUAAACAUAUUUGCUUACCAGUGGCCUCUGAAAUUGCUCAGUCCUUCUCCUGGAAAUCUACUUUCCAACAAAGUUCAGUUGUAGCUCUGAUCAAACUCACCUCAACCUCACUUGAAAAUUACAGCCAGGUGUGUUUGAAAAGGGUUGGAACUAAACUCUGCAGGAAGAUGGACCUCCAAGAGUUGGAUUGACUGCCCUGGUAUAGUAGAUGACUGCUUGCCACCACUGACUAAUAGAAAGACUGCAGCUUUGCUACACAAAACUCGACUCCAGCUCUAACUGUAUAUUAAAGGAAUAUUCCGGGUUCAAUACAAGUUAAGCUCAAUCAACAGCAUUUGUGGCAUAAUGUUGACAACCACAAAAAAUUAUUUCGACUUGUUUGUACUUUUCUUAAAAAAAAAGAAAAGAAAAAAAAGAAGAAACAAUGGAGGUAGUAAGGCACUUACAAUGGAAGUGAAUGGGGCCAAUUUUUGGAGGGUUUAAAGGCACAAAUGUAAAGCUUAUCAAUUAACAAAAGCACUUUCAUUAAUUUUUCUGUUAAAACUCAUGUAUUAUUUGAGCUGUAAAGUUCGUCAUGGCAACAAAGUUGUAAAAUUGGCUAUAACUUUACACAGAAAAGGUUAGAAAUUCAUUUUAUCACACUAAUAUCAUGUUAACAUGAAUAUGUUUAUGUCCUGCGGCUACACUUUAGAAAUAGUAUUUUAACAUUUACAGAUUGGCCCCAUUCACUUCCAAUCAAUAUUAUGCCACAAAUGCUGUUGAUUGAGGUUAAUUUGUAUUGAACCCGGAAUAUUCCUUUAUUGUCAAUGUUGAUACCUCAAUUUUAUAGGUUUCCAAAUAAAUUGUGAUUUUGCAUUUCUACUGCAUUGAUUCCUUCAGGCUUGUUUUGCAGAGAACACUUUGAUUUGAAAUAAAUUAGAUUCUGUUUUAAAAGGUAAAAUAACUUAAAUUCCACAAUGUGAAACCUAUUUGGUUUUUUCAAAAUUAACAUGCCAACUUAUUUCCAUAUAUAAUUCAAAAUUAAACAUGAUUCCACGGUCAAAAGACUGUCUUGUUCCAACCUUCUUUGUUCUUUUUCAUAUUCAAAUGUUAACGGUUAUAACAUAUGAAAUUGACAUCAAUCAUGUGAUCUAAAACAAGAGGGAUUCUAUUCAUUCUAUUA